AUGUUCAUGAAUAUGUUGGCACUGACACCAUUACUGGAGCGAUUUGAGGCAGAACAUGGGACACUCACGACAUUGGCGCUCUUCAUGGGAGCCCUUUCCACGAUUCCGGCACUUCUUUACACAUUCAUGGAGAGAGCAAUCUUCCACAUGAACACGACAAUCCUGGGAGCAAGUGUUUGGGUGUUCACGUUAAUUGCAAUGGAGGCAGUUAAGACCUACAAAUCGAAUCCAUACUUCAUGCUUGGAACGACACAGAUACCGACAUGGAUCACACCAUUUGUCAUGGUCCUAUUCGUCUCGGUGUUGGUCCCAAACACAAGUUUUCUAGGACAUGCUUGCGGACUAUGCUUUGGUUAUGGAUGGGGCCUUGGAUAUCUCAAGUUUCUCGCUCCCCCGGAAAAGGCUCUACGCUGGAUAGAAGGAAAGCUAAAUCUACUUGGGAGACUUCCACAUUAUGUUUCGAUAGACCAAAAGACCUACGGACGAUAUGGAGUCCUUCCAACGACAAACGCGAGCAUGUCAAGUUCUGGGGAUCUUGGCUCGGGCUACGUGGCUAGCUCGCAGAGAUUAGGGCCUUGA